GGUACGGUUUGAGGAUGUGCAAGGCUGGGUGAUGGUGAUAUGAAACAAAGGCCUUUUGUAGCUGUUCCCUGAUUUGGUCCCUCACCUGCUCUGUUAGGGGGCAAGAACAGGUGUAUGUAACUACGCUCAUUGACGGGAAAGGCGACGGGUCUGGUUAGUGGCAGAACCAGGACAAUAGGACUGCAGCUCCUGCAAGUCCGGGUUCCUUCCCUGUUCUCUACACAGGGCCUUGUGCUUGUUCAGGGGAAUCUUUGCGGUCUGUCGAUUCACGGUGUGUGUGUACCUCAGGCCCCACGUCUGUGUCCCGUGUCAUAAGUCAUAAAGGCACAGCCACGGCGCUUACUAGGGCAGGUCCUGCUGGGAGAGUCUCCCGUGUAUGUAUUUCCUCAGGAAUCCUCACAACCCCGUGAGGUGCUAUCACUUUCUCUACUGUGCAGACGAGGAACGCUUGGCCCGGGGAGGUGAGUGACUUCCAGCGCCUCACAGCAGACACGUGGUGGAGCUGGGAUCGGAAGCCCAUUCCCCGGCUCCAGAGUGCCGGCCCUUUCCCCCCACCGUGCUCUCCUCUCACAGAAAAAGUAGUAGUACCACAAGCUGGUGCUCGCCCUCACAGUGUGGGGUGCUUUGUGAUAUUUGCUCUUGUAUCCUAUUUGAUCCCCUAAAUGCUGGUUCCCCCCCCGCCCCCCCCCCACAGUGGUUUCCUGACCCUCCCUAAUCUGUCUCAGUCUGGGUUUUGGAAAAGUCUGUUAGGUUCUACUUCCCCAGCACCUCUCAGUGCGUCCCCACCUCUCAGUGUCCAUCCCCGUGGCGGCUGCCCCAGUUCAGGCUCCCCAUGACUUCUUCCCUGGACCUUCUUCCUGGAUGGCUGUGAGAUCCUCCUAACUUUUGUCCUCCGUCCGUUCUCCAUGCGGAGACCAAAGUCACCUAAAAAAUACAUUUCUGACCAUAGUGUUCGUAAUUUAAGGCGCUAAGUCCACCUUUGCUGUUUGGGGCCUAGUGUUCAGUCCAUGAAGAUGGUCGGUCAAUGUAUGAGGGAAUGCAGAAUUAGAAAACGUACUGUGUAUUUGUCCUCAGGAUGAAGAUCUUCUCCCAGGUAAGUAUUCUGAGGUCGACUUUCCAAUGAUAGUCACGAGAAAGCCGCACAGCACCACCGAACCUCACUGUGGGGUUGCUCACAAGGUCCUCGAUCUUGGGACGAGCACGUGGCCCUGCAAUGCUCUAUGAAUGGAGAACACACAGGAUGGACGUGCCAUGCACACACGUGCUUUGGUCAGACUGAACUCCCCUUUUGACCCCACUAUUGGGGAAAAAAAGAAGCAAAAGCUGUGGAAAACUCACACUUUCAUAUGUCUGCCAGCCUAAAGAGUAGGUCCAGUACAGCCACCUGCCCCAAAGACGUUGAAAGAUGUGCCCCAGAUAACGGGGCACAUGACAGUCACCUGCAGGAGCUCUCAGAACCACCCGUCGUUCCUGUUGCAGCAGCCUGAUGGUCUACCAAUUCCGGUCUGUUCUGUCAUUUCAUAAUCGAUCAUGUUUCCUGUCAAGCAUUAAAGCAGCCCCAAAGAAACCUGGAGAAGAAUCGGCUCCCAAAUCCAAAGGGAGAAAGGCUUUUUCAAAAGCUAUUCAAAAUUAAACUAAAAGUCGUCCCAAGGCGUUUCCACAAUUCUUUCCUCGCAGUUCCCAAUUUCUCAAUGUCAAGGUCUUGGGCAGUCCGGUCCACAGGGGCCCGGCUUUGGAGACAGCGGCACCUCUACAGUGCCUGGAUGGACGCCCGAACCUCGUAGGCGGAUCCGAUGGGCUCUGAUGGCCCCUUACUUAUUUAGUGCCAUGAGGCACUGGGAGGUGGAGGGUCUACAGCGGCGGGGCGACCCGGAAAGCCUGAGGCCAUCGCCCGCAGAGCACAGCGUCCGCUCGGCCUGGGGCUCACUGGUUCCCGGAGUUUUCAGCCAGGGCAAAGCCCGGGGGAGGGCAGGGGAAGGCUCGGGUCCAGUGCGCCCAGGGCGAUGCUGGGUGGGGCCUGGACAGAGGGCGACGGGGACAGCCGACCCACCCAGCUGCUCCCCAGGGGCUCGGGCAGCGGCACCGAGCCGGGCUCCAGGUCUUGGCGUGGCGCAGCCCCAGGCCCAGACCCCGAGGCCUGAUGUGGGGCGGCGGCAAGGGACAGAGCGCGCGACCAGGAGAGCAGCCGGCCCUCCCGCGCCCGAGCCUGGUCUGGGCUCCUGCCGAUCCGGAUCGACGCGCUCGCCUGCCCACGGUCUGGUUGGUCAGCUGCUUCAUGCAGCUGGAUUGCUUCUUGCUGGCGGCGGCGGCGGGGGCCGGCACGGCCAGGGCCGGGCAGCUCGAGGAAUCGCCCGGGGGGAGGGGGGCCGACGUCGCUUCAUGUCCACCCGAGGCGGCAGUGGAAGCGGCUGUGGGCCCGGCGCCCCCCCCUCGCCGCCUCUCAUCCAGUGGCGCGGCAGGUCGGGGCCUUGGGAGGCCAGACCCGGGACGCGGUACCCAGCCCGUCCUCCACCCAGGGCGGGAACCCCGGGGCCGCCCUGUGCAGGGCCCGGAGGCCCCCUCUCGGGCACCGCCACCGCCGCCCGCGACCCCCUGCCGGGUCCAGCCGCACACCUCCGCGAGGCAGCGGAUGCGCGCAGCGCACGGAGCCACCGGUGAACCGCCAAACCCCGGUGUGGGACGCACUGUCCCCGCAGAGCUGGCAGGGCACGGAAGGACGGAACACUCUGGAGCCUCUGGAGGCUGGAAAUGCCCAAAGUCUCCUUGAGGGCCGUGCCUCUGCGCAGGUGUAGAUAUUUGUCAAAUGCACCUAGGAUCUGCUCUCCUAGGUGAAUGGAUGCAUUGCAUGCAUUGCAUGCAUUGCAUGCAUUUCCUGGGGGAAAGUCCAGGGCCAGAUGCAUUUUCUGUGGGCGGGCACCUGGGGGCAGUCAGGCAGGAGCACUCGCUAGGGGCCCACCCAGGACAGCCAGGAAGCGGGGAACAGGGGAAGGGGCCCAGCCCUGCGUGGGAAGUCGUGGGGCUGAGCGUCUGGGACCGGGACCGGUGGCCAGAGUCGGCCCUGGGAAGGCCCAAGGUCUCGGGCUUUCCUAGCAACGUGGCCUGCGCAGGGGAGGCGCGUGCCGGGCCCGCGCAGGCGUUGCCUAGAAACGCCUGUUGUCUUCUGAUUCUUAGCCUGGCGCAAGCAGGCGUUCUGGGACACUUGGCGGGGUAGUCCGACUGCGCUGGACGCUUUUCCACAGCGGACCGCGACAGUUAUAUGACCCGCGAAGAUGUGCUCCUGGGUUGGUGGCCUGGGCUCUGGCCUAGGCCAUUCCCAGGGAGGAGUGGAUGGCAGUGAGACUUCCUUGACCGGCUCCAACUCGGAUCUCACCAUGGACUUUGGUGAUGUCAUAUCAUCUCAGACAGAAAUCAAUAGACUCCUCAAUGAGAUCCAAAGACUGGAGGCUGAUCUUACACUUUGGAAACAUUUGUCCAAGGGACCGAAUAGCUCAGACUCCAAUGCCAUCUGGAAACUGAAGAGCACCAUCAGGGACCUAGAAGAGAGGCGGAUGAGGGAGAUCGAGGAACAUCAACUCGGAGUUGCGAUACUGCACAGUGUCCAUCAAGAAAAACUGGCCGACAUCACUGACAGGCACCGCAAACAACUCCUCGAGUAUGAAAGACGGAUAGAAGACCUGCAACAUCAAGAGUCUGCCAGUCAUGGGAAAGAUGACUUACUUCAAGAAAGGGAAACUGAGCUUAGAAGGUUGAAGCAACAACUUGCAGAAAUGGAGCGGCUGAAUGACCGUUUAAACAACGUUGCUUCUGAUCUCAGAGCAGAAAACCAAAAGUUGGUUUUGGCGCUCCAGGAUGUAAGACAUCAGCUGGAAGAAUCUAUUCUCCGGAACAACGAGGAUUCUCUGGAAAACAACACUGCUGUGAGGGCUUUAAAAAUAGAAAAAGGACGGUUAAUAGCAAAAUUGGCUCGGGCGGAAAAGAAGCUGUUGGAGGAAACAAACAAGGAUGAGCAAACUAUCAAAGAAUUGUCCCCUUUAGAGCAUGUGCAUUGCAUUCAACACAGUCAAGAGAAAGACCUGGAAAUAGUACACCUCAAAAAGAGGAUCGAGCAGAUGGACGCCGACCAUACAGAAACGAAGGAAAUGCUGUCCUCUGCUCUGGAGGAGCAGAAGCGAUUGACACAACUCGUUAAAGAGAAAGAGAUGUAUAUUGAAGAACUUACAGGAAGUCCAGAGCUUCAGGAGGAAUUCGGUCAGUCUACCCAAACCUUCAGAAGUAAUGACAUUUCCCAGCCAUCCGUGGAGGACAAAGACAGGUGUCUCCCAUCCGUGACAGGCGAAAAUCCUCAUCUGAGAGAAGAACUGGAGAGCCUAGGACAACAGAGUCGCUCUGUUCCUGCGCUCGACCCUAAAAUCCUAGACGAGAUCGUAGAACUGGAGUGUGAGGUGUUUCAACUCCAGGAGUUAAAGGAUGAUCUCGAGGAGGAAAUCAGAGAGCAGCAGAAGAUCAUUCACAACCAGCAGCAGGGGAAGAUAGGACUGCUUCAUUCUUUACAAGAGCAGAAGCAGAAAGUGGAGCAGCUCCAAUACCAGCAGGAGCAGAUGAAUAUUGAACACGCUCAGCUCCUUUCAGCGAAAGACGAGGAGAUUCAGCAUUUGCAGGACACGAUAGACCAAAUGAAAGCCCGGUUGCCUGACAAAAGCCAGCACAUUCCGACAGAAGACUGUGAUGAUGUGGAAGUCCCAACCAGUCAGCCUCUUCCCAGACAAAACGCAAGUGAAAAGCUUGAUUCACGUGAAGCCGAAACUCAAAUAUCAGUCCUAGGAAUCAAAGAACACGAACUGGAGAUGAAGCUUCUAACUGAACAGAACAUCCGACUGACGGAACAGAUGGAUCGGCUCUCCAAAGAGGAGAUUGGUAAACUAACUCAGAUUAUCCAGCAGAAAGACUUGGAGAUUCAGGGUCUUUCCAGCAGGAUCUCUGCGGCUUCUCACAGCCAGAACGGGGACGUGGAGCGACUUCAGCGGCAAUUGCAAGAGUACGCUUGGAAAAGCGAACAGGUCUUGGCGGUCUUAAAUGAGAAAACGAGGGAGAACAGCAAUCUGAGGACAGAGUAUGACAAAAUGGCGGAUAGGAUGGCUGCCACAGAAGCAGACCUCCGGCGGAUGCAAGAGGAAAAUCAAAAACUGUCCACUAGAAUGGACAGUAGUGGUCAGGAGAUGUUUAGAGAAACGAUUCAGAAUUUAUCACACAUCGUUCGAGAAAAAGACCUCGAAGUGGAUGCGUUAAGUCAGAAAUGUCAGACUUUAUUGACACUCCUGCAACCCUCCAGCCCUGGUAAUGAGGUUCGAGGCGUUCAUAUGGAUCAGUUCAAGCAGCUUCUACAGGAACGGGACACAUUAAAACAGCGAGUGAAGAUCAUGGAAGAGUGGAAACAGCAGGUGAUGACCACAGUCCAAAAUAUGAAGCGUGAGUCACCCCAGCUUGAGAGAGAGCUGGCACAACUCCAGGCGCGGGCUUUCACCAGCAGCGAGAAGGAUUCUGAACUACCGACGACCUCUAGUGACCUGAUGCAGACGUACAAAGGCAAUGAAAUAAAAUUACAACAUUUAGAGAAGGAACUGGCACAAAUUCAGCUCAGCAUCGGGGAGCUUUGCAAUGCCAAGGAUCUCCUUCUAGGGAAACUGGACGUGAUUUUCCUCGAGCCCUCCCCCGACUGCUCAGAGUCAGCGGACUCUCUGGAGCCCGUGAAAUCUGACAGAGUGGGUGAGGCUUCUGAGUUGCUCCAAGUGGAGGUAGAAGAGCUGAGAAAAUCAAUGCAAGAAAAAGAUAGGAUGAUUCGAACCCUCCAGGAAGAUAAGCAGAGAUGGACUGAUUCAGUGGCUGCCACGUGGGAAGGAGAAGGCCCAGAACAGGAACACAGGGAUUCCGACAUCGAGCAGCUGAAGGAGAAACAGGCCGUUCUACAAAACUUCAUUCGGGAUCAGGAGCUCCGAAUCCAAGCGAAAAGUGAGGACUUGCUUUCUUUGCAGGAGAACUUCCGUAGCCAAGUGAGUGAAAAUGAACUUUUGAGGCAGACGGUCACCAAUCUGAAGGAGAGAAUAGCAGAGUUGGAAAUGGAUGUGUGUCAACCGAGAGAGGAAAAUGCAAAAGUCGAGGAAAACUCUCGAGAAAAGGCAGUGGGAGAUGAGGCACUGCAAGAGACAGAUAGGCUGCUUUCAGUGAUGCGGAGAGAGGAGGAAUCCCAGGGUGCUGCGAUGAAAGAGAAGGCACUUGCUUUGGAGCAACUAUCGCAAGAGAGAGAAGAGCACGAGACCGGGGUAUUGAACCGGCCGGUCAGUGCAGUUCCAUCAAUGCAGGGAAAGACAGUUCUGUGCCAACAGGGGAGAGAUGAAGUCCUGUUGGCCCUGACACAGAAACAAAUGGAAACCUGUGCCCUCCAGAAGGAGGUUCGCCAUUUACGUGAGAGCGAAUUACGCCUAACCCAGGAGCUGGAGAGACGGCGACACCUCGCUCUAGAAGCCGAAGACGCUCAUCGCCGGGAAGCUCUGGCCUCAGAAGACAAAGUGGCUCAACUCAGGAAGGAAGUGACGGUCUUGCAGGGAAGACUCGUUUUGUCUUCCACUGCCAUGGAAAAUGCCAGCCGAGGAGCCAGUCUGCAGGUAGAGUCGCUGCAGGAGCAACUGCACGUGGUGACCCAGCAGAAAGAGGACACUGCGCUCCAGCUUGCUGCCUCGCAGGAAGAAGGAAGGCAGUAUGGUCACAUCCUAGCUGACCUCAAGUUGGAACUCGCCGAAUGGAUGGAAAAGGCAGACAGCCUCGAAGGAAAACUGAAGUCAUUGCAGGGACGAUUACAUAAAACAAAUGCUGACUUGGAGCUGAAGGAAGACCAACUCCAAGAAUUCCAGAAACAGAAUGAGGUCCAGCAGGAAAUCCUGGAGGACACACAGAAGAAACUGAUGAACUUAGUCAGUAAGUCCGAAGGAAUGGUGGACAAAACCCUACUAAGGAGACUCUUCCUGGGAUCUUUCCAAGCCCCUGACGCUGAACGGCAGGAAGCCUUAAGGUUGAUGGGAAGCAUGCUGGGGAUCCGAGAAGACCAGAUGCGGCAGCUGUUCAGUGAAGGGCCAGGUGGUGGUACCAGCUGGAUGAGUCGGGGGCCUGGAUCCAAAAGCGCCCCCAACACACAUGUGAAGCCAAAUCACCGACCUAUGGCCAAGAAUUCUUUUUCAGGGCUUUUCGUCCAGUUUCUAGAAGCGGAAUCUCAUUCAGCUUUGCCACCACCAAAGCCCUCUGCUCAUGACGUGAAGCCCCCAGAUCCCGGAGGAAGGGGAAAACUGGCUAUGAAACAAGGCCCAGCACGUCUGAACACUACCCUAGCAUCCACAUCCCGGAAAAAAGAUGUGAAGCCCCGCACCACAACGGUGUCUCUUAUUACCCCACCUGGACCGGAAGCGGAUGGAUCGGAGCACCUUCUUCUAAAUGCCGUCACUGAUGCUUUGCCCACGUACGCACCCCAAAUACUGUCACCUGCGGAGAAGGUUGGAAUGGCGGCCAAAGGCCUCUCAAAGAAAUAGAGGAUUCUCAAGCCAGAGAUGAGACAGUGCUCGGAAGACCCCAAGUCACUCUGUGUGUUUACCUAAUCCCAAAAUGUCCUUUUGCAAAACGUAAUAUAUUUGCAGUCUUGCUUUCAGCUUAAUAAAAAUAUUCUUUUAUGAGUUAACAAAAAAAGGCAUCUUUUAAUGACUGCAGAGGUAUUCACCAAACUGAAAAUGGUGGGUAUUUCUUAUGAGAGUAGACACUGGUGGGGUUGGGGGCUGCGGUCAAUGGUACUUCCAGUAUUGUUUGUAAUGCUUUGAUGUUUUCAUAAGGAGCAUGUAUAUACAUAUACCUUUGGUAAGGAAAACAUCCACUCGUUUUAAUGUUCCCAACUUAUCAAAUACAUGAGCACCCACGCCUUGUUGGAGAAACUGGGUGUAUAGCAUGAAAGUUUAAGAUGAAUACAUUUUUUUAAAAAAUGCGAGUUUGAUUUUCCCAGUUAUGUCCCAUUUCUCUUUCUCCUUUUUUAUUUUUAAUUGUUUUUUCCAUUUCAUUUUAUGUUGCCUGGGAAUCUACUUCAUGGGUAACCUGAUUUAUCUCAGGCCUUUAGAAAUAUAUGUAUAUUUGUCUUUUUGGGCGUAUAGUAUUCUAUGACUUGCUUUUAAAAAAAAAAAAUCACUCUGCCUUCGAGAUCUUUACAAAUGUGAAUGAAUUCCAAUUCAUUCUUUAAAAGGAAAUGCAGGCCUUUGUGGAUAUACCCUAAAUUACCGAACUAGCUCCUACUGAUCAGUAUUUAAUCAGUUUUUACUUCAAAUGUCCAUGGUCAACUCCCUUGUUCCUUUCCUCAGAAGCCACUCCAAAUCUUCGUUUGCAGUGCCAGGCUCAUUACUCCACUAUACUCUGGAAACCAUCCACUCAAACUUCUUUUCUUCUCCUUCUCCUUCUCCUUCUCCUCCUUCUCCUUCUCCUUCUCCUUCUCCUUCUCCUUCUCCUUCUUCUCCUUCUCCUUCUCCUUCUCCUUCUCCUUCUUCUUCCUUCUCCCUCUUCUUCUUCUUCUUCUUCUUCUUCUUCUUCUUCUUCUUCUUCUUCUUCUUCUUCUUCUUCUUCUUCUUCUUUUUAACGAUUUUAUUUAUUUAUUUGACAGAGCAGGAGAGCACAGGCAGGGCGGGUGGCAGAGGGCGAAGGAGAAGCAGGCCCCUUGCUGAGCAGGGAGCCUGAUGUGGUGCUUGAUUCCCGGGUCACUGAGAUCAUGACCUGAACCAAAGGCAGACGCUAAACUGACUGAGCCACCCAGGCGCCUCCCAUUCAGACUUCUUGAAAGAUCUCAUUCCAUUAAUUUUCCAUUGUGCUGUAUCUUCAGCCUGCCAAAUAUCUUAAAUCCUUCCCUCCCUUUCUGUUGCCAGUGCUCUGGUUCACCCAUUCCUGUCUCUUGCACAGACUAGUGCAGUAGACUGCCUACUGAUCUUGCUGGUUCCACACUCGGCCUCCUUUGAAUCCAUUCUCCAUGCUGCUGUCAGGGCGAACUGAGACGAAAAUCUGAUGUCACUUCCCUGCUGCCAUUAUUUGUGGGUUCCCUCAUUGCUUGGAGUUCGACCUUUAGGAGACCAUCCAAGCCCUUGCUUUUGCAGCCUUCCCUCCUGCGCAUCAUUCACAUACAGGCUGCCCUUUAGCCGCAGGGAAUUCUUACAAGCCCCCAAUAGAUUCUUAUCCAAAGAACUUCAAGUGCAUGAGCCUCAUCGUUGUGCCUUGCCAAAGGUACAAAGCAGAAGGAUUUCAUUUUUCUCCUCUUCACCCGUUGGUAAAGGGAGUGAUUCCCACCCUAAAGUUAUGGGAUGUCCGGAUGCUGAACAGAUGAGCUCGACACUAAUUUAUUACCCAUGUCUACUCGUGGCCCACACCAUGCAGGGCCACAAGGGGGUUUUACCUGGGAGCAGAAUGAAGAAGGGCUUUGGGGCGGGGGCAGACCUUGUAGUAACAAGAGAGUGACGGUGAGCCCUACUUCCUGCAGGAGGGCAUGACUGGCUUGCUGGAUAAUUGCACACGCUGUCAGGGAAAUGGACCUUACUCCUUGGGGAGAAACUGUGCCUGGUCCCUGGGAUAAAGAAGGUCGUUUGGCCAGGAGACCUGAUCUGUGGGAGCAGAGGGGGAAGGGAACUUUGGGUGAGACCGAGGCCAUUGGAGGCCCUCUGAUGUUCCCUGAUACUAAGACAACACUUCCUAUUGAAUCUUAAUCUCAGGCUUUCCAUCACAGUGGACUCUGAUAUCUAGACAUCAAUUUCAACCUGGGACUGAGACUUUUAAGGAGUAGGACAGGUGCUUCUCUAGGAAGUGAAAUUGUCACGUGAACAAGAGGGGGAGUUGGUCUUCAAAACCAAAAUGUAUCAACGGUCAUUGAUGGUCACUCAGUUGAUCCCAAGGGAAUCCUUAGGUAGCCAAGGGGUAGAAGGAAAGGCUGACGUCCUCCAGCACCAUGGAAUCUGGCAAUGGACUGUGGAUAGAAGCAGCCACCCCCACCUGCAGGUUGGAUAUGCAGACUUUGGCUUCAGCCUGUAGCAAGAAGGCCUUGGUAACUACAUUAAGCUGGUGGGGGUAUCAUGACCCGAGGCAGAGCAGACAGCGGGAUAUGAAGGCUCAGAGUCUGUAAGAGACUCCGUUUCCAGGAGAGCCCAGUGCAUGGUCAGCAAUUGCUGCUUUCAUGGUCUAUAACCCAGGGCCAAGGAGGGCCAUUUCUUGCAUUGGGAGUCCAUGGACGAUUCCAGUGACUCCAGGAAGCUGGAGAGGUAGUUGCUAAAGCCUUUUUACUUAGGGCACUAACGGGUGAUUUUUUUUUUUUUUUUAAGAUUUUAUUUAUGUAUUUGAGAGACAGUUGGAGCUGGAGGAGGAGGUCAAAGGGAGUGGGAGAAGAAGCAGGCUCCCCACUGAACAGGGAGUUCCCUGCCAGGCUGGAUCUCAGGACCCUGAGAUCAUGACUUGAGCCAAAGGCCGACGCUUCACCAACUGAGCCAGCCAGUCGCCCCCUCACAGUUGUUUUGGACAGAUCCUAGAGCCUUUUGUUGAGGGGAGCCCCACCCAGCGUGGGCUCAGUGACAAGUAGCAGCCUAAAUGGGCUUAUGUAAAAUUUAUAAACAAGGAAUAUGUUGCCUCUAGAACCAAAAAAAAAAAAAAAAAAAUACUGACAGAAUUUGGACUUGUAUGUCCUUCCUUGUUUGUAAGGAUUUUAUUUGGUUACUUGAAAGAGCACGAGAGUGAGAGCACAAGGGGCUGGUAGGGGCAGAGGGAGAGGGAGAAGCAGGCUUCCCAGUGAGCAGGGAGCCUGAUGCGCGGCUUGUUCCCAGGACCCUGGGUUCAUGACCUGAGCCGAAGGCAGACGCUUAAUGGACUGAGCCACUCAGUCGCCCCUGCACCUGCAUGUCCUUAACAAGUGUGUCAAACAAAUGUCCUCACAGUAGGUAGUCGUAAAUGUGAUGUCAUACCUAUGUCCCUGGAGAAGGACGGGUGCAGUAAGAUCCUGCCCACAAAGAUGUCUGUGAUAGCAGAGAGGUUUGGGUGCCCUGUGCUUAACAAGGUAAAAUGUGUCCCCUUCAAAGUCAAGGCACAUUUGACCGAGAGGAUGUUGAAAUACGCAUGGAACAGAACAUAUUGGCCAAAUCUAUAUUAGCAAAAUAUUCCCCAUCCUUAAAUUUGUUGGGCUCCCUUGUGUUUUUUUUUAAAGAUUUUAUUUCUUUAUUUUAAAGAGAGAGACACCUAGUGCACGAGCCCAGUUGGGGCGGGGGGGGGCGGAGGGAAGGGCCGAGUGAGCGAUUCCCAAGCUGACUCCACCCUGAGCACGGAGCCUAACAUGGAGCUGGAUCCUAUGAACCUGAGACCAUGACUUGAGAAGAAAGCGUAGCCCACUGAGCCACCCAGGUGGCCCUAGGGGUCUCAGAGGUUUUCAGGGGACCAGGAUUUAUUUUAAUCAGGUAUGAUAAGUUAGGAAGAUAUAGAAGUAACUGUCACAAUGGAAGAAGUUUUGUAGAUUUAGAGGCCCCAAGAAAGGAGGUUCUGAGAGCCUUGCAGGGCCACCUGGGGAAGCACCAGGAUUGGUCAGGAGAAAGAGGGAGUGAAGGGAAAAUGUGGGCAAGACCCUUUAUUGUGGUUUCCAUGGGAAGGGACAGGUGAGGCAGGAUAAGCACGUUUAAGACUGGCUAGUUUGAGUAAUUUCAGGGGGCUCCAGGCCAGAGUGGUGUCUGCAGGAGUCUGUCCCGCCCUUGCGGUGAUCAGGGAGGCCAUAGUGGCCCAGAGCUGCUUAAGAUGAGGUGGUUGGCAGUAAGGGUUCUGUACCGGUUGGUUUGGAUGUGAAAGGUAUGCUCCCAGGCCAGUUGUGGACUUUUUCUAAGAAUUAACUAAGCCUGCCAGGGACAGUCCCUCCAAAGUCAGCAAGUCUGAGAUGUCAAAGCAUUAAAUACAGAAGCUAGAAAAUACGGUUAUUUUACUAGGUACAAGCAUAAUUGGAGCCCUGGUAUCGAAUCCAUGAAGGUUACCCAACUGGUACAUCUUAGCAGACAUUAACGUUAAUUCAGAACCUAUGUUUUAGAGGGCCAAAAGCCAGUUGACCUCAUUUUAUCUUUUGCCAUAUAAAUUAUCUUAGUAAAUUUGGAUUUCUUUUUUUUUUUUUUUUUUUUUUUUUACGGUUUAUUCAUUCAUUUGAGAGAGAGACAGCAAGCAGGUGUGAAAGAGCAGGAACCAGGGGGAGCUGCAGGCAGAGGCAGAGGGAGAAGCCGACUGACUCCCCUCCAAGCAGGGAGCCUCUCAUGGGGCUCAAUCCCAGGUCCCCGGGAUCACGGCUGGAGCCGAAGUCGGACGCCUAAGCAUCCGAACCACCCAGGCGCCCCUGUGAAUUUUGGAUUUCCAGUUGGGUCAAAUUGUGAACCUAUGUCGAAUUAAUUUGGGGGGGUUCCUCUUCCUGUAUCCAGUUUUCUUUCUUCCAUUCCUCCUUUUCUUGGGUUUGUUUGGUCCUGGAUAUAUGCUUGGGUUAGGGAGUGUCUUUUUACCCUGUUCAUCUUUCUCCGUUUUUUCUUCCAGAGAGUCUCCAAUCAGCAUCAUUAGGGUUGGAGCCUCUGUCGUGGCAAUGGUCGUAUGGUUUCAGGUGUCCUGGCGUAAGUCAGGGUGUGAAUUGAUACCCUCACUGUGCCACAGGGGUGCCACGGAUGUUUCCCCCACGACCCUGAGGAUGGCGAUCUUGUGCCAAACAGGUUUAGGCAGUGGGGUGGUAAGUGAAAGAGCACAGGACCCACAGCGCAGACGUUGAUAAAGCCAAAGCAUCUUCUGCUACAGCCCUACCUUCUCUCAGUGUGGACGGCUUCCCCUCCCCCCUUUUCCCACUCUACCGAUUCCCUCAGGAGACUAUUUCAUUUCUAGCCCCAUAAAGUCAUGGGUUUUUGUUUCUGUCUCCAGCUAUUCAGACGUGGUGCACAUGUUCUGGGUGUUUAUGGGGAAAGGGAGCUGGGUGGGUCGGCCCCACAGAUGACUGUCCUCUUCCUGCGGGCAUGCCAGUCCAUCUCCCCAGUGUUGGAGUCCACAGCCAGGAAGGUCAUUUUGUCCAUGGCCAGAGUGGGAGCCUCAAGGCCCUGGAUCCAGAGAUGAGUCCCUGGACGCGCUGGGAAGCAACAACACUAAGAGAAAGCAAGUGUGUGGAGGAGGGGUUUUGCACUGGGAGAGAGGUGGAGCACCAAACGGCCGACCCUCCACUUUUGUGUUUCUCAUCAGCUCCUGGGCCCUGGGCUGCCAUGGAUGUGCGCCUCCAAACCCUGAGGGCUCCGGGGGACACACGGUAACGGGGAGAGGAGCGGCAGCUGGGGAGAUGGGCAAGGCCACUCGCGUUGCCUGACCCACAGUGACUCAGGAGGCAGCCAGGGAGCCAUUCUUACAUCUCCCUGGGGUCGUGGCCCCCUUCCUUUCCACCCACAACACAGAGGGUCAUCCCCAGGACGGUGCGUGGGGUGCGCUCUCCCCACCCGGAUCUGUCUGUCUGCCCCAAGCACUGGCCCAACACCCAGUCGGUGGAACUCAAGCACCCCAGUCAGCAGGUCGUGGGGUUGCCGACCUCAGCGGGGAGCCUUGGAGACCGAUACAGGCCAGAUGGAGGUCACACUGAUGGCACCUCCCUCCUAGGUACAGUCAAGUCGCAUCUGUACUCAACUUGUUGGCAAGGAUGGGACAUUGGUUUGGAAACGGAUGGCGACCUCCAUUGGAGCUAACAGAACACGAGCUAACACACAAGCUGGCCCGCAGUUGCCAGUUCCCUCCCAGAUCGUGAUUGUCCCCUCUGAAGCCAGUUAGGAAGCCAAGGAGCACGUCAAGCUGACCCCGUGUCCUCAGUUAAGGUGGGGCCACCCUGUUUGUGAUGUCACUUGCUUUUAUUCAGCUUCUCCUCAGUUCCCUGACGAGAGAGAGAUUCCUGCUCUAGGCUUGUAGGGAUCCCUUGACACCUGACAGAUGUGACUGGCAGCAGUUGACUAGUCACAUAUUCUCACAGUUCAAGGGAGGAGGAUACCACACACUGUGCAGGGCUGCACAGGAAUUGCACUUGGGAACAGAGGGAACAAGCAGGGGCUUGGAAGGCAAGACUUUGUCCUAACAAGAAGGUGGGGCAAGUCCUGGUUCCCUUGGGAGGGUAUGAGUGGCUUGCUUGAAGAAUUCAGUGGGCUUCUAGGGAACUGAACGCUGCUCCCCCAAAUCAACAGGCACUAUGUCUGGUCCCUGUGAUGAGAAGGGUUUUUGCUUAGGAGACCUUACGUGUGAGGGAGGAGGGAGAGGAGAACUUGCAUUAGGCUGUUUCCGUCCCUCCUUGAUUGUCCCUGGUGUGAAGACAGCCCUUAAUAUGGAAUCUUCAUUUCAGGCCUUAUGCCCCAAGAGGUUAUGAAAAUGUCAGCCUUCUUACAACUACUAAUGGCAUUUCACAGUGAAACAGUAUACAGAAGAAACAUGUAAAAGUUGUAUUGCUGUAUGCUAGCAACGAACAUGUGGGCUCCACUAUCAAACAUACGUUCACAAUUACUAGUAAAACUAUACUUAGGGAUCAAUCGAACAAAGCAUGUCCAGCACUCGCAUGCCCACAGCCGUUAGCACUGAUAGAGGAAAUCGGAGAUAUAAAUAAAUGCAGAGAUAUACCAUGUUUGUGAAUUGGAAGCCUAAGCAUAGUGAAGAUGUUCAUUCUGCCCAGAUUGAUAGAUCGAUUUAAUGCAAUUCCUGUCAAAACCCAGUCAGGGUUUGUUUUCUUUUGUAGAUUGAUAGACAAGAUGAUUCUAAAGUGUAUGUGGAUAGACAAAGGAAUGAAGAGUAGUUUCAGAAACAAUUUUGAAAAUAAUAAUAAAGUGGGAACAUGCAGUCUACCCAGUUUCAGAACUUCUGCGAUAGUUUUACUAAGGACGAUUGUGUGGUAUCUGCAGAAGGACAGACACAGAUCAAUAGAACAGAACAAAGAACCCAGAAAGAGUCCCCACAAAUACGCUCAACUGAGUUUUGAAAAGGGAGCCAAAGCACUUCAGUGGGGGGAAAGCUGGCCUUGCGACAGACUACAGCCAUUUCAAGCUUGUGAUGAACACACAGACGCCAGACUCAGAAAACAGCACCAGGAGCGAAGGAAGACGGGGCUUUGACGGCGGUCCCGCCAGGUGGUGACGGGAAAGGAGGGGUAGACGGUGCCCAGGGCUCUGUGGGCGGGGCCAGAGGAGGCACCCAAGGGGCGCGUCCGCGGGCCGAGCGGGCGGGAAGCUGUCCAAUCAGCGUCUGGGCAGAAGCGCCAAUGAGCGGGAAGGUUGUUGGGCGGUUGACGUGAGCGGCGGGUCUGAGCCCCGGCAGCUGAGCGCGGCGGAAGCGAGCCCUCCUUCCCUCUCCGAGGCUGGCUCGUCCCCCCAGCGCCCGGGGACCCGGUUUCGUUGUUCUCGGUGGGGACAGCACCCCGGAACCUCCACGGCCAUGGGCGCUCGUCCGAGGACGGCCUCUUUCAGCUCCUGUUCGUCCUCCUCGACAGACCCAGACGACGAGGGAGUGCGCGGCCCUUGCGAAGAUGCUUCUCCGUGCAGAGAACCAUCCGUUGAGACCUUCUGACGAGAUCAAGAAAGACAGAGGAACACAGCCUACACCUGGAGGGUCGGGAGCUUGGAAAGCAAUCUCAGAGCCGGUGAUGGCGAUCUCUUCAGAAACUCAGCCUCGCCAGUGCCCUUGGCGGCUCGAAGUCCUCUGCCCUGUUUCUUAUAUUGCACAUAUGAGUGAAACCAUUUGAUAUUUGACUUUCUCGGAUUGACUUAUUUCGCUCAGCAUAAUACCCUCCAGUUCCAUCCGUGUGCAUGUAAAUGGAAAUCAUUUUUCAUGUAUGUUAUAGAAUAUCGUCCACAACAGAGAGAUUAUUGGAACAAAACUUUAAAGAUGCUCACCACAUGUUGCCUGGGAAGCCCUCUCCUAGGGGGUCCGGUCUGGAGAUGCCAGCCCAUGCAGAGGAAGAAGGAAGGAAGGCCGGCUGACACCCUGCCUGGGGCGUCUAGCUCCCAGGGCCCCAACUUGGGUUCCCACCUCUGUAGCCCUGGUUAGGAAAGCUGCCUCAGGAGCCUGGGAGAGAGGAUUUCAGGCCUCUUAGCCAGGCCUGGCCCCAUCUCCCUGAUGCCUGGGUUCACCCUCAGCUCCAAGUAAGGUCCAUGUCCUUAUUCUCAGGAACCACCACUUUGCACUUUCUUUCCAUUUCUUACAGAAUCUACCCAUAGGCUCCAUCUUUAGGGUGAGGAUUCCCUGCAUGCCCAAGGACUGUGGUCAUUUGGUCACUUUCUCAAUCUGACUAAGUCACCCUCCCAUCUCAAAUCCCUUCACUGCCUUGAUAGAAAGGACUUCAGAGCCUAACAGUGUUACUAUCAUUUUACUAAGGUCAAGAAAGGAAUUCCUUACUUGACCAGACAGUUCACUGUAAAAGAUAAUAUAAAUGGCUCUUAAACAUAUAAAAACGAUCUUCAACUUCACCCCCCAAAAUAAGAGGAAUAUAAAAUAAAAUGACGGGGGCACCCGGGUGGCUCAGUCGUUAAGCCUCUGCCUUUGGCUCAGGUCAUGAUCCCAGGGUCCUGGGUUCGAGCCCCACUUCGGGCUCCCUGCUCCUCGGGAAGCCUGCUUGUGUUCCAUCUCUCACUGUGUCUCUCUCUGUCAAAUAAAGAAAGAAAAUCGGUAAAAAAAAUUAUACAGUAACAUUACUGAAGACACCAUCUUUCACAUAUCAGAUUAACCACGAUGAAAAGGUUUCUAAUACACCGUGCUGGUGAGGAUGUUGGGAAAUGAGCACUUCCAUUCGCCACUGGAGAGAAUGAACACUGGAACUCCCUCUUUUGAAGAGUGAAUCCCUAAAAGCUCAUCUACCUCAAAAGGCCAACAGAGGCACGUCUGGUACUCCAUUACAAAUGUCGGCAGACUCAGCCAUCCGUCUUGGUGCUCGCACACAUGGCCCGUCACCGUCCCCACGGCAGCCAUUUCUUCCCUUUCUUUACUCGUGCGCCUACCUCCUUCCCCAAGACCCUAGACAGCACAGAACCUCACCUCAUCCCUCACCUAGAAAACCUGCCACCACUUAUUCCCUCAGCAAACCCACGGGUGAGAGCCAGUCAGAGAACUCUGCUCGACCGGAAGUUCUGUGUCCAUAGGAAAGGAGAUCCAGGAUCGUUCCGGAAAACUCACGAACGACUACCUAAGUAUUUCCCCCGGCUCUGGAUUAGGAACCGGUCCUUCCACACCCUUUAAGCAAGUCCUAGUGGGAAAACCAGGAACAAAGAAACACAACAGCCACAACCUAGAAAAUGUUAUAGUAGCCUUCACUUUCUGGUCUACACUAUAACCUGGAAAAUGCUAUGGUAGCCUAAACUCUCCCCGGUCUACACUACAAGGAACCAAACUUUCAGUGUUCUAAACCAGGGAGCUGAAGCCCAGAUUACCACUGAAGGGCUUCUGACAACCGUUGAGGGAACCAGCCUUAGGACAAGGAGAAGUACUGGAAGGACACUGCAUCCCUAAAACCAUGCGAAGCCCCUGUGGGCCUAUAGCCUGCUCUGCCCCUCAUCGGAUAAUGUGAAUUAAUAAAUGCCCCUCAUGUGAAUUAAUAAAUGUCUUUACCAUUUCAACCAAAUGGAGGGGCAGCUGGGUGGCUCAGUCAGUUGAACGGCCAACUCUUGGUUUAGGCUCAGCUCAAUUGUGUCCAUAUCAAUUAGAUCUAUGGCAGAGAGUACAUCCUCCGGUUCUUUCUUUUGUUGUGAAUUCCUCCUUCUAUUCCUUUUGCCCAGAGAAGAAUGGAGGAACAAGAGAGCAACAUAAAAAAUAUCAACCACGACGCAAGCAAAUACACACUAGUCAAAUCCGAAGAGGUCAGAAACCAAAAAAGAGAAGAAAAAAGAAAUGUGGGGGGUGGCUGGGGGGUGGGAGAAGAGAGAAUAUUAUCUCCCAGGUGGUCAAACCUCCAUGAAAUCCUGGGUGUAUUUUGGCCUGUUUGUUAAAAGACACUAAAUCCCAGAAGUGUAAAAUCACCAAGGUUACAUAUAUACAGACAUAAAAUUGAAUGUAGCAGAAGGAAGCAAAACUGAAGACUAUCUCUAAAAAAUGGAAAUGUAGAAAAUGACAAUCAAAAACGACUUAAAAUGAAAGAGUUGAUAAAAUAAGAAACUAGUUGGGAAGAAAAAAAGAAAAGGAAAAUUUUAAACUGCAAGAUAAACGAAUCAUGAAAUAACCUUUGAAUUCAAUUUACUGUUUUCCCCUAGUGCUGGAGUUUUGCACUCCUGUGGGCUCCUAAACUUCUUCCCCUGUUCUUCCAGCUGCUUUGCUCGGGGAGUGGCCUGCUGUGCUGACCCUCAGGUGUCUUGGCCUGGGGGGAGUUGUACCCCCCCUUGCAGGGGGGGGGGGGGGGGCGGGCUCAGUGUAAACUGCUUGUAGUUGCUCUAUGUGAUUCUAUUCCCCGAAGGCUCUCUGGGCCACUUGAGAGGAUGAAAAGAAAAAUGGCCACGCCCCGAUUUCAAAGCCCGGAGCGAAAAGAUCGAGGUCCCCUCUCUUCAGUAAACUGUCAGGGAUAAGCGGUCUUCAGUUUUGUGUGUGCCAAAGUCUGCAGGCUCCUGUGGUGAGGGCCUGCACCGAUCCUCCUGGGAGAAGGCAGAGGGGCGCCGCCUUGUCUGCCCUGUGCAGGACCCGCAUACAAUAGCUGUCACCCAGAUGAGCCGUGGUUCGUGGUUUAUGGCAAACUGAGUUGAGAACCCCCCCUGCUCCCUGACCCUAACCAGUUUCCCCACUCCAGUGCCUGGGAACUCUGCCGGCUCAAGCACCCCUGUUCUUCCUGUGACCCCAGGGAUCCUGAGGUCACACUGUCCCACCUUGGAUGCUGCCCCACCUUGCCACCAGAGCACCUUUCAGGCAGGGCUAUCUCUUAGCGGAGAAGAUUUCUAAAGGUUCUGAUUUUGCGCUCUGGGGCUGUAUCACUUGCCUGUGGCCGGCUUACACAGGCUCCCUCUCCCCGCAGAGGAUCUUCCCAUAUAUCCCCGCAGAUUCACUUCUCCGCACCUCUUACUUUGCAAAAAGUGGUCACUUGUCUAUUAGUAGAAUUCCAGCAAUUCCUUCCUUACAUCUCAGGUUGAAUUCAGAGGUGUCCAGGAUGAUUUGAUAGUUAUCUAGCUACAUUCAAGGGACCAGAUGAAACGAGCUCCCCUACCGUGCCACCAUCUUGCCUCCCUCCUUCGAUCUCUUCCUUUUGUUUUGAAAGAUUUAUUUAUUUUAGAGAGUGAGCGGGGGAAGGGGCAGAGGGAAAGAAAAAUCCUGAAGCAAGCAGACUCCCCGCUGAGGAGUUACUGCAGGCCCUGAGGAGAAAGAGAGAGAGAGAAAGAGGGACAGAAGGUAUAUAUGAACAAAUCAUAGCUGAGAACUUUCCUAAUCUGGGGAAGGAUACAGGCAUACAAGUUCAAGAGGUAGAGAGAACCCGUUUCCAAAUCAAUAAAAAUAUAUCAGCACCCUGACAUACAGUAGCGAAGCUUGCAAAUUUCAGAAAUAAAGAGAAAAUCCGGAAAGCAUCUCAAGACAAGAGGUUCCUGACCUAGACGGGUAGGAACAUUAGGCUGGCAGCAGACCUAUCCACAGAGAUCUGGGAGGCCAGAAAGGGCUGACAUCAUCUAUUCAGGGUACUAAAUGAGAAAAACAUACAGCCAAGAAUACUUUCUCCAGCAAGGCUGUCAUUCAGAAUGGAAGGAGAGCUAAAGGGCUUCCUGGACAAAUAGAAACUGAAAGACUAUGGGACCACUAAACGAGCCCUGCAAGAAAUACUAAAGGGGGGGACGCUUGGGUGGCUCAGUCGGCUAAGCAUCUGCCUUCAGAUCAGGUCAUGAUCCCAGGGUCCUGGGAUCGAGCCCCGCACUGGGCUCCCUGCUCCGCGGGAAGCCUGCUUCUUCCUCUCCUACUCCCCCUGCUUGUGUUCCCUCUCUCGCUGUGUCUCUCUCUGUCAAAUAAAUAAAAUCUUAAAAAAAAAAAAAAGAAAGAAAGAAAUACUAAAAGGGAUCC